AUGCUAAUAUUUAUAUUGAUACCUCUACUGGUCGCUGCAGAAUGGGUGGAGAUAACACAGAACAAUUACAAGAAAGAACCACAUAACACAAUGACACCCGUAUUUGAAGAAAGCACCAAUAAAAAUAAGAUUUACAGAAACCAUUCUUUUUCAAACCCCCAAUGGACUAAAAGUCACGUACAUAGAGUUCCUAGCACUGGAAACGUCAAAAGGCUACAUGGAAUUGAAAGAAAACCCAGUGUAAAAAUUGAAAGGAAUCCAUUGUUCCACGACGACAUAAUAAGUACAGAAAAACCAAAACGUAGAUUUGAAACUAAUAGGCCAAAAUCCGUAAAUCCUGCGAAAGUCGGUGAAAAUAAUGCAUAUCGAGACAACGGCUCCUAUAUUCAGAGGAAAUAUAUUCGACCAGCUUCCAAAAUAGACUUUAAUCGAAUGAGUCAAAAUACCGCUGUGCGUAAAUUAGUUUCUAGUGAUGAGAUGGAUAAUCAAAAGAAACAUUUUAGAACUACGGCAUCCCAAAACAUAAAUUCCGAAAGAGUUCCUGAAACUGAUGAAAUUAAUCUUAAAGCAACAUAUAUAGAUUCCAAAGAUACUUUAGAAACCUUGCAGAAAGAUUUUAAGAAAGGAAAUAAAGAAAUGUUUGAUGAAAUAAAGGUCGAAGCAGAAAAAUCUACCAAUGUAUCCAGCACUUACGAAAAAGAUGUAAGAAAUAAAAUUAAUGAAAAUAAAAACGAAAAAGAUGUAAGAAAUAAAAUUAAUGAAAAUAAAAACGAAAAAGAUGUAAGAAAUAAAAUUAAUGAAAAUAAAAACGCUAAUGAACAAAAGCGGUCCAAAACCGAAAAUACUAAAGUAAAUGAAAAGAAAACAAGUGCAAUUGAAACGUUGAUGAAAUUUUUAAAAAUAGUUACGCAGACGAUAAAUCAGGGUACACAAAAAAGUUUUAAAAGCAAACUUAGGUAUUUAGAGAACCUAAAAGAAACUUUAUUAGCGAGUAUAGAAUCCCGAAUAGACACAGCUUUCCCAGAUGAUAACCCAGAUGGACAUCGACAGCGCCGAUUCGCAGGAUCGGAAUCACGAGGACAUGUCGAAGUUCCUUCCGCAGAAAGUGCUCUCAUGACUAUAUCUUUCCUCACGUUCGCGGUUUUUCUCAUCAAACUCGUUUUGCAAGUGAUACAUACCUACAAGGCUAAAACAAUGAUGAUGUCUCCGGCGGUCAUUGCAACAGUUGGACGAGGAGCAGCAAAACUUAAGAAGUCCACACACAACUAA